GCAGCCUCAUACAUCCUGCAAUGACAAUCAAUCGGGAAGGCAUCUGUUUGACCUCGGAGGGUCUACCAAUACAGUAUGAGUAUUCAUGGCUUCACCGCAAUUGUACCUCUGCCGAGACUCACCAUCGGCGAGCACAAGGCUCUGGGCGACUCUUCUCUGGGCUCUUAACUGUGAAUGUGGUGUUUGUAGGAGCUGCUCUAAUAAGUAGUGUGAUCUUAAGUAAAAGUUCUAUGGCCGCCGAAAGCUACCAGAUCUACUUGUCAGUACUCAUGCUUGUUAGCUCAGCAUGGUCGCUCUACCACCUGCUGUACACCCGCAAAAAAACACAUGCAGUUCUACUUAAGGACCACCAUGCAGGAGCUCUAGCGCUGCGAGCCUCAUUGGUCUUUUUUGGAGUAAGCAGUGUUCUUCUGUUCGUCUUUAAGACUGGUUAUGAUGCGGUUUUGCCUUGCACGUUACCACUGGAAAUAUUUUUUUCUUGCACGCAAAUACUCUUCAUCUGCAUACAGACUUGUCUCCUCUGGAUAUCCUCCAAGGACUGUAUUCAAGUUCAGCACAAUGUAACCAGAUGUGGCAUAAUGCUGACAUUGGCCACCAACCUGCUGCUUUGGUUUCUAGCCGUAAUCAAUGAGUCUGUGUAUCGGGAACGUGAGAGCUCAGUAAUGAACACAACAACAGAGGAGAACACCCUUUGCUCUUGCCCAGUUUAUUCCCUGUGUUGGACUUUCCAGCAGGGGUAUGUGACACUCUACCCCUUUAACUUGGAAUACAGUCUAAUCUGCGCAUCUAUGCUCUUCGUGAUGUGGAAAAAUGUUGGCAGCAUAGAGAAUCUUACAAGUGGUUUAGAACAAUCUAGUUUCCGUUUGCGCGGAGUGGUAUAUGGUCCUCUUCUGGGACUUGUGACUUUGUUAAUAGGAAUAUAUGUCUUCAUCCAGUACCGCAUCCAGGUUUCAGUUGAGACUGCAUCACUGACAUCUUACCGACUUUAUUAUGUAUACAACAUAAUUUUGCUUACUGCCAUGAUAAUUUGCUGUGUUAUUGGCAUGCUUGCACACAGUUUUGGCCAAGGAGAGUGCAAAAAAAAGGACAGCGGUGGUCAAAAAGAAAAAUACACACGUCAAGAUGAAAAGAAAAGCACAGCAAAGGAGACCAGUGAGAAUGGAAAACCGGAGAACAAAGAGAACGGGGAAAUGAAGGUGGUUAUGGAAGAUAAUCUCGAUAAUGCUGGAAGAAAGGAACUAACAAAAGAACAGCUGGAGCUGGAACUGGAUCUACAGUGGCAAGAGGGAAAAAGAGAUGAACACAUUGAACAUCACGAAGAGCAUACAGAACACAGAGAGAAUUACACUGAGAAGCACACCAGGCAUAGAGGGAGGACAACAGAACAUAGACACAAAGUGGGAGAUGGAAAGCCAGAGGAAAACUGCCAUAUCAGACCGGGAUCAAGUAAGAACUACACUCGGAGCAUUGAGAUUAUCUUACUGUUGGGAGCUACUCUAGGCCGGUUCUCCAUUUCAUACUAUUCCAUUGUCGCCACAUUGGCAGUUAAUUCCUGGAAUAUGGUAAACAGUCUCAGCGUCGCAUACUCGUUCCUUAUGAUCCUACAACACAUAUUGCAAAAUAUUUUCAUCAUUGAGUGCAUGAGAAGUGAACAUAAAGAAACUACCAGUAUAAUCAUAGUUAAUGAAAACGCAGAAGAAAUGAUAGAUCCCCUACGACGAAUGUCUUUGGUGGAAAUGCGAAAAGUGUCUCUGGCCUAUCUAGAAAGUGUUGGGCGUUUAAGCACCAGUCGCAGAGCUGUUAAAGAGAUUUCACUUUUCUUGGUUUUUGGAAAUAUCGUGUUCUGGAUUAUGUCAGCAUUUGGAAAUCAACCACAAUAUACCAAUGGAUUGGAAAGGGAGUUCUAUGGAUUUUCUGCCUGGUUUUCAAUCCUAAAUUUUGGCCUGCCUUUAACGGUUUUCUACAGGAUGCACAGUGUUGGGGCAUUUCUGGGUAUCUACAUGAACACCUGAGAGCCAUCACUUCCCUAGACUUUUUUCCUCAAUAACUGGAGAACCAGGCUAUACUGUAAUGUACACUUUGAAUAAACUUUAUACACAAAUAUGUAUUUCAGACCACAUCCAAUGGUUCCUAUAUAAAUAUUACAAGGCAACGAGAAUGGCUUAUUUAGAACACUGUUAAGUGCUUUAAGCUCAUGAUCAGUUUGUAUAGAUUCACUGUUAAUUAGGAAAAUUAUUACCGUAAAAUUAAGUUUACAGUCUCGAAAGGCUCAUAUGCACCAAACAUAGGAAUUAAAAGUAAGAUACCAGGCUUAUUUGUAAACUCAGGGCUGUCAUCAUCAUACACAAAAUGUGUUCAUCUUAAAUCCGUUAUUCCCACUCUUAUUUCCUUUGCU